CUGCUCUCAGCGGUCACGCUCCGCCAGCAGCGCUGGCUCCCUCCGAUUUCCAACUCGCUGUGGAUUGUGGGAAUCAGGGACACUGCCCAGGCUUGUUACCGGAGACCCGAGAGCUAUUUUUUUCCACCCGCGCCGUCUCAUCAUAACACAGGUAGCAUCCCCAACACCAUGUCUAGCAGAGGAGGAAAGAAGAAGUCUACCAAGACUUCCCGGUCAACCAAGGCUGGGGUCAUCUUCCCUGUGGGGCGCAUGCUGCGCUACAUCAAAAGGGGGUUGCCCAAAUAUCGCAUCGGAGUGGGAGCACCUGUUUACUUGGCAGCUGUCCUUGAAUACCUUACAGCGGAGAUCCUGGAGUUAGCAGGCAAUGCAGCGAGAGAUAAUAAGAAGGGUCGUGUAACACCGAGACACAUCCUGCUGGCCAUAGCAAAUGAUGAAGAGUUGAACCAGUUGCUGAAAGGUGUGACCAUUGCAGCAGGCGGAGUCUUGCCCAAUAUCCACCCAGAGCUGCUGGCUAAGAAAAGAGGUGCCAAGGGGAAGCUGGAGACACCUGUUUCACCUGCUCCAGAAAAGAAGCCCAAGACAGUCAAGAAAACAGCAGCUAAGAAAAUGAGCGGGAAAAAGGCAGGAGGGAAAGCAAAGAAACAGGGGGAGGUAAGCAAGGCAGCGUCAGCAGACAGCACCACAGAGGGAUCUCCAGCUGACAGUUUUACUGUGCUUUCUACAAAGAGCCUCUUCCUGGGUCAAAAGCUAAACCUCAUCCACAGCGAGGUCAGUAACUUGGCUGGCUUUGACGUGGAGGGGGUCAUCAGCCCCACCAAUGCUGAACUUGAACUUAAAGACGAUCUAGCCGACAUAUCCAUCGUGGAGAGCGACGCUGUCGUUCACCCGACCAACACCUCCCUCUAUACAGGUGGUGAAGUAGGCUCUGCUCUGGAAAAAAAGGGAGGAAAGGAGUUCAGUGAAGCGUUGCUGGACCUGAAGAAGAAAAAUGGCCCUCUGGAAGUGGCCGGUGCCGUUUUGACUGCUGGGUUCGGCCUGCCUGCAAAGUACGUCAUCCACUGUAACAGUCCGGGCUGGGGCUCUGAUAAAUGUGAGGAGUUGCUGGAAAAGACGGUAAAGAACUGCCUGGCAUUGGCAGAUGAGAAGAAACUCAAGUCUGUGGCUUUCCCCUCCAUUGGUAGCGGAAGGAAUGGCUUCCCGAAGCAGACGGCAGCUCAGCUGAUCCUGAAGGCCAUCUCCAGCUACUUUGUGGCCACCAUGUCUUCCACCAUCAAGACCGUCUACUUUGUGCUGUUUGACAGCGAGAGCAUUGGGAUUUACGUGCAGGAAAUGGCCAAGCUGGAGACGAGUUAAAGUAUGGAAUUUUGUGUUGGCCUGUUUUUUUUUGUUUGUCUCUUUUUUUUGUUUUUGUUUCCCGAAAGGAGCUUGGAAGGUGAUCACUGAUGAUUUGUUAGACAUGAAGAGAACAAGAAAAAGAAGAAUCCUAAAGGUGGACAACUUGUUUUUCAUUUCGUUUGUGUAUUUCCUAUAUUGUUUUAUAUUUCUUAUAUACUUGUCACCUCUGGUGUUUAAACAUAGAUGUGCACUGUUCAUUCAGCUGCCUUUCAAGUCAAGAUUCUUCAAUUUAAAUUUAGUUCUCCAAAUAUAAUAGCUAAAAGAAGUUAUGAGACAUAGCUACACCUCAGUUCCAGAGACUUCCGGAGAAAUACGGGUUUAAUGCAUGUAAAGGCUGAAAAGUUAACAAAACAACUGUUCUCUUUCUGUUGAUCUCAGUAUCACAAAGCAUCGAAUUAUGUGUCGUAUUUUUGAGUGUUAUCUCUGCAGUUUAGAAACAUCUGUUGUUGUACUGUAUAUUGAAAAGGUAAAGUGUAACGAGAAAUUCUGUUGAAUCUGAUUUGGUCUUGAAGAGACUUGAAUAACAGAAUGGUUUUUUGUGUUGCUUGUUGCAAAAUCAUUUUUUUGCCUUUGUUUACAUAGGCGGAAUAUUUCCACAGUGUGCUGCAGGGACCUUUAAUUUCCAAAUGAAAAAUAGAAAAUAAGGAGUUUCAUUGUGAUGUGAAUUCAAUCACCUGAUGGGUGCCCUUUGGAGGCAAUCGCCGACUGGAGAUUGGAGGUUUUUGCAGGACACCGAUACUUUCUAUUGCGUAUCCCUCUAAGUGUUUAUACAUAUAUAUAUAUAACAUAGAAGUAUUUGUGAAACGUUUUAAUUUUCACACAGAUUCUAAAUGGCAAAGGAUUUGAAAGAAGAAGAAAAAAAGAAAGAUGUUAUUUGUGUGUGUUUUUGUCUUUGUUAAGCCAUAAAACAAAUUUAUUCAUUAUUGCUGGAAAUGGAGGCCCUCUGCUGUUGCUUUUGGUUUACUCCUUCACUCAGCAGCCACCAGAUGGCUCCCUCUGAUAAAGCAUCAGUGUCAUCUCAGCCAUUCUUUUUUGGUGCUGCAGCAGACCUCUGAUCGAUUUAAGUUGGAUUUGAAUUGGUAAUGAUGGACAUUUAUGUAGAGGAACCCAGCUGAUCUGCUGCAUUUGGACUUUUCGAGAGCCUAACUUUCUUAUAACAGGAAAAAAAAUAGCUUUCUAAAUAACUGCUACAGUUGAUUCUACAAAAGGUCUGUACACUCCGGUAAUAAAAUACCUUUAAAAA